CCGCCGCCCGUCUGCCCACCAUGGCGAUGCUGGAAACACCUUCACGUAUCUGGAGGAGAAUAGAGGCAGCAGACGGGGACGAACUUCCCUCUCUGCCAUCACUCCCCGCAUUCGACCAGACCCAAGCUCCCCCUUCAGAAUCUGAAGAAUCUUCAACGGAUGACAACGACAACGACGAUCACAACAAUCACCUUCUUCCUGUCCACUCUACUCCUGCCCCUUCGUCCCAUGGAAAUACCGCUACCUUUCGUCUUCCUCCUUCCAGUGCUUCCAGCACCGCCCGUUUCGCUAGCUCAAUCGGGUCUCGUUCUCUGGCCGCCAGAUCAUCGGCCUCCUCUACAUCUAGAGGGAUGCCACGAAGUGUCUAUGACAGCUUUGAUAUCAGUGUCAUCCCCUCGCAACCCCAUCGCAGCCCCACCGAGAGCGAGGAACACGACCUCGACCGGAGCAACAACAGCGUACCGGAGUUACACCUCCCACCAGAAGAGGACGAUGUCGAAGAACGAGAGCUCUCUCUGACUGAUGCUCUCGAGCCUCUGAGUCGAUCAAACUCUCCUCCACUGCCGCUGCCACUUCCUCAACAGGUACCAUCGUCUAAGAGGACUUAUGACUAUUCUGUGUCCCUCCGCACGGAGCCCAAGGCCUCGCCGUUCGACAAAUUUCGGAAUGUUGCCAUGCGGAGACCUGUCAUUGGUCGCACCCGCACCCCUUCUCUUUCGCGCACCACACCCUCGCCUGCAUCGUCUCCUGCCAACUCUACUCCAAGAAGCGCUUUAACCGCGCCGCCUCGCAGCCCCUCUCCUACUCCAGCAGCUCGCGUUCCUCUGCCUCGCUCGGCUACCGCCUCACCUGCAGCAUCCUCUUUCAACAAUGUCACGAUUCAAGGUCCAGCGGAGCUAUCGAUGACCGAGGGAUUGCCAGACGCUCUCAACCAUCUGCACGAGGACUUGGAAACCGAUGAGGAUAGGCAUGCUGAGGGAGAGACGCAGGCGGACGAUGAAAUGCAAAGAGAAGAGGAAGGACAGACUGAAGACGAGAGGCAGACCGAGGACCCGAGCGAACCGUCCCAGCAGCAGACCGACUCGCACGAGCCAACAUUUUCAUCAAAUUCUGACCCCAGCUAUCCGCCCUACAAUCGUUCCAUCGCAAGUCCCUACGCACGGUCCAACGCGAGCCCUGCGCUCGCCCGCUCCCCGGCACUUUCCAAUGCCAACGCCAGUCCCGCCUUCGCGCGCUCGCCCGCCCCGUCGACUGCCGUUCCUUCGCCUGGAGGAACACCGGCAAGCAUUGUCACACCCCGCCCUCGUCCGCGGUUCAACAUCCCCGCUAUGCGCUCUGAGUUAGAUUCGGACGAGCAUGCAGAGCAGACCACGAGCAACGAAGAGCAGCUUACGCCUCACACCCGCCGUCGCUCGUUCUUGCUAUCCGUCAUCAACUCGACCGCCCGCCCGCGCAUGAAGUUCCCUACUCCUCACCACCGUCGGAUCAGCGGUAUCGGCCUGGAGGCCUCGGAAGCACUACACGAGACCGAGGAGGACGAAGAAGAGGGGGAGGAAGGGGAGGACGCAGGACCCGUCGUCGACGCAAACGAGACGCCCAGCGUGCCCAUGCGCACUUUACCCGGCAUAACGCCCAAGCCCGCCCUGCGGCGCGCGCGCUUCUCGGCUCCCAUCACGCAGGCUUACAUCCCCGAGAACACGAUGGACGGCGUCGGCGCCGGUGGACGGGACUCCCCCGUUCACUCGGACCAGGACCGCAACUCGUUCGUGUCCACCGCGUCGUCGCACGACCUCACGACGCACCCGCGCGCGAACACGUCGUACGACCCCGCGCUCGGGCUCGGGGAGCGCGGCGGUGUAGGGCGCUUCGAUGCGGCGAGGCUGAAUAGCUAUUUGCAUGGGCUGAAUAAGCGGCUGCAGGAGGAGAAUAUCGCGCUGCUUGAGCGAUUGCGUAAAUUCGAGGACGUCAAGGACGGCGAUGCGCAUAUGCCCAGGUUGAGCUUGGAUAAUGCGAGCGUGGCCUCGGCCUCGAGCCGGAAGAGGCGGAUCAGUGCGGGGGGUGCGCUGGGGGAUGUGGAGGAGACGAGUGCGGAGGGGUGGGCGGAGGAGAAGCGGGAGCUGGAGGAGAUGGCGGAGGAGCUCGCGAAGGAGGCGGACAAGCUCGCGGGUGAGAAAGAGGACGCGGAGAAGGAUCUCGAAGACGAGCGCGCGGCGCGGGCGCGGGACAAGGAACGGUGGAAAGAGCGCAUGCUCGAGGUUGAGAACGGUGUCGCGGACAUCAUCGGGGGGCUCGAGGGCCAGGUGAAGGGGGCUGCGGAGAAGCUCAAGGCCGCCGAAGAGGAGCGCGAGGCGCUGGUCAAGGCGGCGGACAAGGAGAUUGCGAAGGCUGGCAGCGAGCGCGAUAUUGCGCUGCACAGGGCUGAGAAGGCCGAGGAGGCGCUCAGCGGGAACCGUGGGGAACUCGGCGGCUCGCUCAGGGAGGCCAAUGGACUCGUCGGAAAGCUCCAAAGCGAGCUCAGCGAGGCGAACGCCCAGGUUAAAACCCUCGACGGCGAGCUCAAGAGCGCCGACAACAAGAUCGAGGACCUCGAGGCGCAGCUCAAGCACCACCAGUCCGACGCCGUGCGCACAACCAACGACCUCCGGUCACAGCUCGAAGAUGCCGAGAUCGAGCUCGCUGGCUCGGCGAAGAAGGUCUCGAGCCUCGAGCGCGAGCUGACACUGAAGCAGCGCUCGAUGGAACACCUCCAGACCGAGCUGCAGGCCAUGUCGGACGAACUCGAGGGCCUCCGCAGCGGGAUGGGCAAGGGCGCGCAGGAAGCCGCGAGCGAGCUGCGCGAUCUCAGGGCGUACGUCGUCGACGCGGACGCCGCUGCCGACGUCGCGGCACAGCAAAUCGAGGCGCUCGAAGGGCAACUCACUGACGCCGAGCAGCGCCUGCACGCUGCGGAGGCGGAAUGCGAGGGCGCGCUCGAGCGCGCCGAUAUGCGCGAGCGGGAGGCUGAGCGCGAGAAGGAGGCGGCACGGCAGGUCGAGGCGGCGCUCGAGGCGGCGGAGCACAAGAUGCGCGCGGACGAGGACGCGCUCGUCGAUCUGCGCGGGCGGCUCACGAGUUUGGAGAGGGAGAGGGAGCGAGAGCGCGAGGUCUCCCGCGUGCUCCGCGAGCAGAACCAUACCCGUGGGUCGAGCCCUGAUAUGGAGGACGCGCUGGAGGCGGAGCUGGACGAGGCGAACCAUGAGAUUGCAAGGCUCAAUGCGCUGAUGCAGCAGUCGCCCGCGCGUCGUGCGAUCGACAAGGCGAAGGAUGUCAAGAUCGAUAUAUUGGAGCGCGAGAGGGACGAGUUGCUCGAGAGGCUGAAGACAUUCCGCGGGAACGCGAUGGACGCCGCUGCAUUUACACCGCAGAAACCAAUGAACAUGAGUGGGAUGUCGCCCUUGCAUCGCCAUGUCUUGAACGUCUCCCUCAAGGCGCCGAAGACACCUGGUGGACCACUGAAAGACCUCACCUGGCUCAACGCGACCACCAACGACCCAUCUGUCUCCCCCCUGCUCGCCGAGAUCGCACGCCUGCAGACCGAGCUCGACCGCGCAAACGAGAAUAUCGACGAUAAACUCGACAAACUCGAGGACGCGGGGCUGGGCGUCAUCGGUCUCACCAGGAAUCUCGAGGACGCACGCACGCAGAUUGCCGCCCUCGAGAGCGAGGUCAACCGCCUCAAGCGGCGCGAAGAACGGCGCGCGCGCCGCCUGGCCAGGCUACACUGCCGCAAGUGCCUCGUCAAGGUGGACGGAGCGUCCAUCGAGCGGAUUAUGAACCCUGAUGAGAGCUCGUUUGAGCUUUCCUAUGCUGACCUCCCCGCUUCGACUUCGCCGGCUGCGGCUAAGAAGGCGGCGGAGGACGCGCUCACCGCCGAGCUCCAAGCUGUCAAUGUUCAGCUCCGCGACCUCCAGAAAGAGUGGCAGCGCGAAAAGGAGGAGCUUCUAGGCGAGAAUGCCGUCCUGCAAGAUGCGGCGGAACGCCUGAACAACCAGGUUCGCACUGCCAUGAAGCGCGCUGCGAGCAUCGAGAAGGCCAGCCUGAAGACGAAGGAGUCUCAAAGUGAGCUGGACAAGGCCAGGGACGUGAUUGCCGAACUCGAAGCCGGCCUGCAGGCGGAGCGUACUCGGCUGAGGCAACUCUCUGCUGAGCAAGACCGUGUGCAGCGCCAGAGGAGCGGGGUCUCGCGCCAGCUUGACAGAACGGAAGCGGACAUUGACGAAGUAAGGCGCCAGCUAACGAAAGCCAAGGAAGAGAACAAGCAACUCGAGAAUGAGCUUCGGUACUCGAUCAAAGAGGUCGCUACACCGAAGACUUGCUAG